AUAUUAUCCACCAGACGGCUCUACAUAUCAAAACAUCACGAUGACAGAUCUCAAUGUGUCAAGCAUUUCAACGUGUCGAAGCAUAUGUGUCAGUUGGCCGGUGAUAAGAAGUGUCAAAACAUUAGAGAAUAAUUUUAGUGUUUUUUAAAUAUUUUUGUUUAUUAUUUACAAUAAAAAUGACACUCAAGGUAAUCGUGCGAAGCAUUAGAACUCUCAGUUAUGUGGGCGGCUAUAAAAAAAUUAAGGAUCGUCCCAUUAAACUAUACUGUGCGGCAUUAGUAGGCGCAGGAUACAUGGCAUACAACCAGCACAAGAAGAACACAGCAGAGAUGAAGGAGAUCAUACAAUUGAGCAAUUACAUGGCAGAGCCCAUCACACCUGUCGAUCAACUGGAGAAAAAUAGAGACGACAUGAAAACACAAAUGGAGUUGCUCAUCAUGAGGAUACAGGCAGAGUUCUGUCGUGCGCUCGAGAAGGAGGAGGAUGAGGCAUGGAAGGACGAGAAAACUGUCGAUGAAUAUGAUUUUGACAACGAUAUUUAUUUACCUCAUCCGGAUGCUAAAUUCAAAGUGGACCGAUGGAUGCGGAAAGAGGGCGGCGGCGGCAUCACGUGCGUGCUGCAAGACGGACGCGUGUUCGAAAAGGCAGGCGUCAACAUAUCCGUGGUGUCGGGUAAACUGCCGCCGGCCGCUGUACAGCAAAUGAGAAGCAGAGGUAAGAAACUGGAGAACUCUGAACUACCAUUCUUCGCGGCGGGCGUGAGCGCUGUCAUACACCCGCGGAACCCCAUGGUGCCCACCAUACACUUCAACUAUCGCUACUUCGAGGUGCAGGAUAAGGAUGGUGUCCAGUGGUGGUUCGGCGGCGGCACCGACCUCACGCCGUACUACCUUGACGAGCAGGACGCGCAGCACUUCCACUUGACGCUGAAGCACGCCUGCGACGAGCACGACACCGCCUACUACCCCAAAUUCAAGAAAUGGUGCGACGACUACUUCUCGAUACCGCACCGCGGCGAGCGGCGCGGCGUCGGUGGCAUAUUCUUCGACGACGUGGACUACCCGAGCCAGCAGGAGGCCUUCAAGUUCGUCACCUCGUGCGCUGAGGCUGUGGUGCCCAGCUACAUACCCAUAGUCAAGAAGCACAAGGACGCCGCGUACGGUUACUACGAGCGGCAGUGGCAGCUGGUGCGGCGCGGCCGCUACGUCGAGUUCAACCUGAUCUACGACCGCGGCACCAAGUUCGGCCUGCACACGCCGGACGCGCGCUACGAGUCCAUCCUCAUGUCGCUGCCACUCAACGCGAAAUGGGAGUAUAUGCACGAAAUAAAACCAAACUCUCCCGAGGCAGAACUGAUGAAAGUAUUAAAACAACCUCGCGAUUGGCUCAAUAUCGAGAAAGGACAAUCGCAGGCGCAACGUUCCACCGCGUGAUGAUUACGUCGCACCAUUCAAUAUUAUUUAUAGCUCGACUGAUGAAAUAUAAAAAUUGUAUAAAUAAUCAUCUUUAGAAUAUAUUUUUGUUAAUUUAUUA